AACACUCUCCUCGCUCAGCCUCUCUCUCCGCGCUGCCGCCGUCCUGGCCCUCCUCCAACGCGCCACCACCGCCUUCCCUGCCAGCGACGCCCUCGCCCUCCUCCAGCGUGCGCCGCCGACCUCGCCGCCGUUCUCGCCCUCCUCCAGCGCGCCACCGCCGCCUUCCCUGCCCGCGACGCCCUCGCCCUCCUCCAGCGCGCGCCGCCGCCUUCCCUGCCCGCGACGCCCUCGCCCUCCUCCAGCGCGCAGCGCCAACCUCGCCGCCCUCCUCCCAGCGCACCAAAUCCGAGGAAGCUGCCUUCAAAGGAGCAUGCCGUUCCCAGUAAAUUCUUCAUUGAUCUCCUCCUUGGCCAGGUUCUAACACUUUCUCCAGUUAGUGAUCAGAGCUGACAAAACACUAAUUCCAUCAAGUGUUGGCAUGUCCAUACCUCUUGCUCCAGUGUUUCAGAAUCCAAGGCCAUGCUGGCAUAAGAGAGCCGGGCGACAGCGACCCAUGUCUGGUUCUAAGGCCAGUAUACAAGGAAACAUGGACAUUAAUUGGAUGAAUUGAAUUACCGUGCCACAGAAUCGCGAGGUGAUGUGAGCACAGAUGGAAGCAACAACACAUCACCAGCUGAUACUGCUUGCUGUCAACAGAAAAGCAGUGGAGAGGGUCCAGCCUGUAAGUCUGUACGGAGAAAUGAGGAAUGAAUCAACAUCAAAAUCGUGGAACAAAUAAACAGGGAAAAGGUCUGAUGCAUGUGUCAAAAAAACCUGUUGAGCAAAGGGAGGGGUUGGCAGUGAAGAUAUGCUACAGGUGUGAAUUACCUGGACAUGGUAUCAAAGAGUGCAAGACUGUUUUAUUCUGUGUGGUAUGUGGAAAGGAAACUCAUAUGGUUACUAAGUGUGUGAUGCAUACGCAAGCUAAACCUGUUGCUCAACUAGUUGGGAGUGCAGCUGAUGGGUUUCAAAUUUUUGUUGCUCCAGUUACUAAGAAGGCAACUGUUGAAUCUAAAGAUGCUAUGGCUUUAGUUAGUGUACACUUUGGGGAGAUCUCUGCAGAGCAGAUGGUUAAUGCCUUCAAUAGAAUGUUUCAGUGGGGUUGGGCAUGGUCAGCCAAACCUUUUGCCCCCGGCAGUUUCCUUAUGAGGUUUCCUUCAGUUCAGAAGAUAGAUGAGAUUAACCAGUUUAAUGAUUUCUGUCUGGUUGGUGAAAGAGCUGAAGUGAUGGUGUCUCGAUGGUCUCCUGAAAAUUUUGCUCAAUUCAAAUUGACUUCUGUUUGGGUGAAGGUUUCUGGUUUACCUGAUUCUCUGCUUAAUUAUCAAGGGUUCUGUAUGGCUGGGUCUAUUCUGGGAACUGUGCAAGAAGUUGAUAUGAUAACCUACAGGAAAAUGGAUGUUAUCAGAGUGAGAGUUGGGGUCAUGGAUCAUAGGAAAAUUCCUGAAUGGGGGCCUUUGACAGUAGAUCUUUUUAUAUACAGAGUUUACUUUCAGCUUGAGCAGGUGGUGGAGCUGGGAGGGCCUAUGAUUAGUGGCUUGCUGGUGAAAAGGGCUUCUGAACAGCAUCCUACAGAGGCUGAGCAACGAGCUGGUAGGGAAUUAAAGAGGCAAAGAAGUACUCAAGAAAAUCAGAUGAGUCAAGAGGGUGGGAAAGACAAUACUGCUGUAGGAGAUGUCACCAAUGACAAGUUUUCAGAUAUGGAGGAAGAUGGUCUUCUAUCUAGUCAACCUGAUCUUAAUGGUUUAGCUCUAACUAGUCACCAGGCUGGGAAGUUAGAUGGUCAUGCUUUGGAUCAACAUAGUAGGGGAAGUGAGUCUGCUAUUGAUAUGAUCAACAGUAAGUUUGCUACAGCUGCAGAGAAGAUUGAUAAUCUAGAAUGUUCUGAGGAUGAAUCUGAGCCACAAAGCCCUACCCAAUUUGCUAGAGAUUGUGGUUUGGGGACUCAAGCUAUUAAUGAGAUGAAUAGUAUGGAUUAUAAUGUGGAAUCUCCUGAGCAUAUAAUCCCCAUUUGCACUCCAGAAGGGCAAAAGGGUGAUAAUGUUACUCCAAUGAAGAAUUAUGCUGCUACAGUUAUGAGUGGUCAGGAGGGGCGCUGGGAAGCAGCUUGCUCUAGUCAAGGAUGGAAAGGCUAAGAAACUUGCUGCUGUUGAUGAAGGGAAUAGGCGUAGAAGCAAUAGGAAUAUUCAUGACGACAAAGCUACUCUGGACAAAGCCAUGGACAGGGCUAAGGUCAAGAAUCUUGAUGCUGGUAAAGGUAAUAAAUCUCCAACAUUGUUCCCUACUGUACUUUCUACACAUAAUGAUAUUCUGGUAGAUAUUGCUAAUAAAUUAGGUGUUCAACUAGGUAGUUCUGAAACUGAGGUGGAUGACAACCUUAAUGUCAUCAAGGAGCUUGAACAAGCUAGAACAGUUAUGUUUUUGAAUAGUACCAAACUAAGUAAUGAUAAGGUACAGUUACAUGAAGAUCUGGUUAAUAGUUUUGAUCCUGAAACUUUGGAGAAGAUGGAUUCUUCUUCAGAGGAUGAACAUGAGGAAGAUUUUGUAGAAAUGUUUGAAGCUAGAUUUAAUUCCAGUGAGAGAAAGAUGUCUGGUUACACUGGGGUUGCCAGUGUCAAACCAAAGAUUAGGAUUAGGAAAAAUAGUAAACGAAAAUAUAUCCAUGCAUGGUCUUGUUUGGAAUGCUAGAGGUUUAGGGCAGUUAAGGAAAAAGAAGUUUCUUCAAGAUACUAUUAGGGACAGAUGGUUAAGUUUUGUUGGAAUACAGGAAACUAAGAAAGUAGACUUCCAAUUGGAAUGGUUGAAUUCUUUAACUGGUCAUGAUUUGUUUAUUUGGCAUUGGAUUCCCUCUAUUGGGCAAUCUAGUGGUAUCUUACUGGGAGUUAGUGAGUGCAUGUAUGAAAUAGGGGAAUGUGAAAAAGGGGAUUAUCAUAUUAGAAUGCUUCUGCAUGACAAAUGUUCUGGCUUUAAAUGUAAUCUUGUUGUAGUUUAUGGGGCCCCUCAUUAUAAAGAUAAGGCAAAAAAAUUGGUAGAAUUGGUUCAAGUUUUGGGUUGUAAUAGUUUUCCUUUCAUGCUUGGAGGGGAUAAAGGAAUCAGACAUUCUAAAUGGUCUAAUUUGUUUAAUGGUAUUAUAGAGCAUUGGGCUUUGCAAGAACUUGAUUUAUAUGGUAGAUCCUUUACUUGGUCCAACAAUCAGGAGGACCCCCUUUUUGAAAAACUUGAUAGAAUCUUAGUAAGCUCUGGUUGGAUUAGUACCCACCCUUUAGCUACUGUGAUUGCUUUAAAUAGAAGAGUUUCUGAUCAUAAUAGUUUGCUUGUUACUUAUGGUCUUUCAGCUGUACAAAUUCAUAGACCUUUUAAAUUUGAAUUAAGCUGGUUUUUACAUCAAGGUUUGCAUGCUAUUGUCACUUCGGUUUGGAAUGCUAAAAUGCCUGGUAUGAAAUUUAUAGAUAAGUGGCAGAAUAGAGCUAGAGAGAUGAGGAAAGUUCUUAAGGGUUGGCACAUUAAUAUUAGGGGCGCUAGUAAGAAGAUUAAAGAGGACUUGGAUAUGAAAAUUGAUGCAAUAGAUAGGCAAAGUGAAUUAAAUGGCAUGACUUUUGAUAUGAGGCAUGCUAAGAGUCAACUUGAAAAACAAAUAGAUAUCUUAGACAAGGAGGAAGAGCUGAUUUGGUUCCAGAGAUCUAAGGAAAAGGAUCUUAUGGAGGGUGAUAGAUGUACUGCUUAUUUCAUGGCUAGAGCUAGUAAUAGAAGGAGGAAAACUAGGAUCUUUCAUUUACAUCAGGAAGAAGGGGACAUUACUGGAGACAAGAAUAUUCUGCAUUAUGCUACUAAUUUUUAUAAACAGUGAUACUCUUAAUAUUACCCUGAAGAUCCCUAUAGAUAAAGUUUUGGAUGAUGCUAACAGAACUAUGUUAGAAGCUGAGUUUACCAUGGAGGAAGUUAAAUUUUCUGUUUUCAAUAUGGAGAAAAAUAAAGCCCCUGGUCCUGAUGGUUUCCCCAUAGAAUUUUACCAGAAGUUUUGGCAUUUAAUUAAGGCUGACUUGAUGCAUCUUUUUAAAUUGUUUCAUAGGGAAGUUGGAUAUUGAUAGGAUUAAUUAUGGUAAUAUUACUCUUUUACCUAAGGUGCAGGAUGCUGAUUGUAUACAAAAGUAUAGGCCUAUUGUCUGUCCAAUACUCCUGAUUUUUUUUACUAAAACCUUGAAUUGUAGAACUAUGCUAGUAGCUGAUAAAGCAAUAGAUGAAGUGCAAUCUGCCUUCAUCAAGGGUAGAUUUAUUUAGGAUGAUGUAGUGUUACUGCAUGAAACUUUGCAUGAAGUCACUAAGACCCAUGCUGAUGCAGUCCUUUUUAAGGUUGAUUUUGAAAAAGCGUAUGAUAAGGUUAGUUCGAGCUGCCUUCUCAAUGGUUUACAGAUGAAAGGCUUCCCAGAACAGUUUAUUAAGAUGGUAAUGCAGAUUGUUACCGGGGGUAGUGAAGGGAUAGUGGUAACUGACAUGUUGGGUCCUUACUUUAAAACUAAGAAAGGACUCAGGCAGGGGGAUCCUUUCUCUCCUUUAUUGUUUAAAUUGGUGGUAGAUGUGCUUAAUUUUUACUUAAGAGGGCUCAAAAACAAGGUCUAAUUAAAGGUUUAAUUCCUAGACUAGUUCCUGGUGGUCUGAAUAUGCUUCAGUAUGCUGAUGAUACUAUUUUUUUGUUUGAUGGGAAUCUAGAAGGAGUUAGGAACCUCAAAUUUCUGCUCUGUAUCUUUGAACAUAUCACUGGUUUAAAGAUUAAUUUUCAUAAAAGCGAAGUCUACUGUUUUGGUAAUGCUGUAAAUAAUAGUGAGACCCUGUCUCAGAUUUUUACUUGUAAGAUUGGUACAGUUCCAUUUAAAUAUCUUGGUAUACCUGUGCAUAAUAAACAUUUAAGUAAUGCUGAUUGGAAAGAUACAGAAGGUAAAGUUGAGAAGAAAUUAGGUUGCUGGAAAGGCAAAUUACUUUCCAAUGGAGGACGCUUGACUCUUUUAAAUUCUAGUUUAACACAUGUUCCUUCUUAUAUGAUGUCACUUUAUGUUUUGCCUAAAGGUGUUAAGAAACAUAUAGACUAUUUUAGAACUAGGUUACUUUGGCAAGAAGAUCAAGGUGUAAAAAAGUAUCAUCUUGUGAGUUGGCAGAUUGUAUGCCAACCCAAAGAGCAAGGUGGUUUGGGUGUUGUUAACUUAACUGCUAAAAAUAUAUUAGUUAUUUGGGUAAAUGGAUUUGGAGAUAGAACAUGAGAAUGGUCUUUGGCAACAUCUCUUAAGAAAUAAAUAUGUGAAGAAAGGUACACUUGGUCAAUGUGGUAGAAAAACAGGGCAAUCUCAAUUCUGGAAUGGUUUGAUGCAGGUUAAAGAUUUAUUUUCUCAGUUCUGUACUAAGAAAAUAGGGAAUGGUAAAAGGACCAGGUUUUGGAAAGAUCAAUGGCUAGGACCCUCUAGUUUACAGCAUAGAUAUCCUAGGCUUUAUUGCAUUUCUAUGAAUCAAGACAUUAAUGUAUUUGAUGCUAAUCGCAGUAACGUACAGAUCCUCUCUUUUAGAAGAAAUUUUACUACUGAUACCUAUAUGAUGUGGCAAGAUUUACAGAAUCAUUGUUCUACUAUAAGGCUUACUAGUGGGGAGGAUAAAUGUCAUUGGUUUCUAGAGAAAAAUGGUGUGUUUUCUGUUCGUUCUUUCUAUAAUGCAUUAGUUACCCGUAGGAUUAGAUUUCCUUUUAGACAGUUCUGGAAACUUAAAAUGCACUGAAGAUUAAAGUAUUCAUGUGGUUGAUUCAUCGAAAGGGUAUCUUGACUAGAGAUGUUCUGUUGCAUAGGGGGUGGAAAGGACCUAAGGAAUGUGUUUUCUGUGGACAGGUAGAAAGCAUUAAUCAUCUUUUCCUUGAAUGCCAAAUUACUAAAUUUGUUUGGACUACCAUAAGCUAUGCUUUUGGUAUUAGGCAGCGUCCUAGUUCUAUGCAACAAUUACAUACCUGGGUUUGUGGCUUUCCUCUUUCAAUUCGAGCUAGUGUAACUAUUGGUAUGGUUGCUCUCUGUUGGUCAAGGAAUUGUUCUUAAAGAUCCUGCUAACUUGGUGUUUUCUCUUUGUCACUGGUUGGAAUUUUUGGCUGGAUUACAAAAGCAUAAGAUCCGGCGCCUUUCGCUGUAUAUUGCGAUGGUCCUCAAGACUGUGAUGGCUGACGCUAUGAACAAGACUCACGGAUGGGGGGCGUUGAGGUGCCUGGAACAUUGAUACCUGGCUUCUUCUAUUGUGUUAGCUUGUUACUGGAUCUGGGAGUUUCUCCUGAAGUUUGUUUUUCAGUUUGGUUAUGCUCUAGCGGUUCAUAGCUCGGGCGUGUGUCCCGGCUGUGGUUUAUUUUUGUUGCUUGACUGUUGAACUGUGGACAUGCACGAUGCGGUUUCUUGAAUGAAAUCGGGAGCAAGGCUCCUUUCUCUAAAAAAAAUAUAGAGAAUAAGGGGUAAAUUUACAUUUUACAAA